AUGUCACGUCGUCGUCAACAGAAGUCCUCUUCAUCCUCAAACAAUCAAAAUCUAUUGUAUAAACAACAACAGAGUGAUGAUAAAAUAACUUCAAUAACUCAUCUAUGUACCCUUCCUCGUGCAACUUUCUUAAUCAUAACUCCAAUUCUUAUAUCUGUUAUUCUUCAAGUUGCUCCUAAUUAUGUUGAACCUAUUUAUGGUAAUGUGUUUUCCACGAUAUAUUUUAAUGAAGUUGCUUUAUCAAGUUUAGCCUUUGGAAUUAUAAUUGGAAUUGGAUUUAUUGCAAAAACAAAAUCAUUAUCUCAAAUAACUAGAGAUAACGAAAUAACAAGUGCAUUAAUAUCUGGAAUUGAUUGGUGUGGAGUUUUGUUUGCUUUUGCUCCAAUAAUUGUCAGGGCAUUAUUUCAUCUUAGCGGAUUAUUAGGGCCUUAUUUAGGUCCACAUAUUACUCAAUUUGGCUUGGCUUAUCCGAUAAUGUUCUCGAUUGGUUUUCUUAAUGUUAUGGCAUGUGCAAGAUUUUCCAGGGAACAACGUCGACCAAUUUUUAGAUGGAUACUCUAUGUAAUAAUACAUUGCACUAUCAUCAUAACUUUAAUUUAUGUUCUUUAUAGUGUUAUGACAAGAGGUAGAUCUUGUCGUAGGUUGUAUUUUUCUGGUUUAUCGUUAGCACUUGUUGGGACUGUAUUUAAACUUUUAUGGUGUAUUUACGGUGAAUUAAGUUUGGAAGGAGAUGCUAGUCAAAGGCGUAAAACUACUCUUAAUAACACUGUAGUUAACAAUGUAGAAUAUACUAUCCUUGCACGCAAUGAAUCUAUAACUGGUUGGAUUGAAGUCGUGGAAGAAAUAAAACCUCGUAACAUUCGCGUAUUACGCGCUGGGCACUCUUUGUUAGGGGGGGUGUUUAGAGAGACUCGAGAUUCUAUAUAUGGAUGCUUCUAUUUGAUGGAGGCAUCACUACAAGCUCAUAAUGUUGAAAUGGACGUGGUUGAACUUGAUCCAGUGGUUUAUGACUUUGCUGUAAAUUAUUUUGAUCUGAAGCGUGAGCAUAAAAUAUACCUUCAAGAUGGUCGUAAAUUCAUUAAUAAUGCAGAUGCUCGAAUAUAUGAUUAUGUAUUACAUGAUGUAUUUACUGGAGGAUCAGUACCAUCAACUUUAUUUUCUAUUGAAGCGUUAGAACAAAUUAAAAGAAUACUUAAGAAAAACGGCAUUUUAGCACUGAACUUUGUUAGUUCUGAACGAUGGCCACAUGCUGAAAGUUUUGCAUUAGUAGCAAAUACAAUCACAACAGUUUUUCCAUAUGUAAAGUGCUUCAGAGAAGGUCCACAAGAAGGCUCCGUGCCUUUUCAAAACAUGGUUUUUUUUGCAUCUUCAAAUUAUAUAACCUUUAGCACAGCAACACAAACAGACUUUCUAGGUAGCGCAAGUAGGGAAUAUGUGCUUGGAAAUUUUCUUAAUUGGCAAAUCAACUUAAAUAAAUAUCGAAAUGUCACAGGUGUUAUUACUGAUGAGCAUAAUCCUUUGGACAAAUUGCAACGAAUAUCUGCAUUUGAACACUGGAAAGUUAUGAGAGAAGUAUUUCCACAAGAGUUUUGGAUCAAUUUUUAG